CGGUAAUAUUCCACUUCACUGGAUUCUGUGUGAAAGGUACCGACACGGAAUGGGGGAGUGAAUGGCGACCUGGCAAAUUCCCGGCUUCAGAGGCAACGAGCACGUUGACAAAAUGAAUCGUCAGCUGGAAAAGGCAAUCGAGGGCCUCAUCACCGUCUUCCACUCGUACUCGGCCAAAGAGGGCGACAAACACAAGCUGAGCAAAGCCGAGCUCAAGACGCUUCUGCAGGAGGAGCUCACUGACUUCAUGGCCGGCUGCAGCGACGCGGCCGCCAUCGACAAGAUCAUGACUGACUUGGAUGAGAACGGCGACCAGCAGCUGGACUUUCAGGAGUUUGUUGUUCUAGUGGCGGCGCUCACCGUGGCUUGUAACGAGUUCUUCGAAGGCUCCUGCAAGAACUAA